AGAGAAAGAGUGGAGAGUGCAGGUGAGAGCAGCCCAACUAGAAUCGUUUGGUUCCACAGCAGACCUGACUGCCGAUUCCAAGCUUAAGAAGUGUUACAAACUGGCGCAGCGCCUCACAAGAAAGAAAGUUUUCAACUGUGCUGGCUGUCUCCUCCGAUCUCGUAGCUCCAAUCUGCAAUCUCCAGCAGCAGCAGAACCACCAUAAACCAUCCAGCAGCUAUCCAAUUUAGCAGUCCGUGUGCGCAGUGAAGCGUCGCCCGCGUCGUCUCCGUUUUGGUCUCCGACUUGGCUUAAUUGGCCCAAAAGUAUCUCAAGUGUGUGAUUGUGAAAGUUCCUGCCCGUCCAAAAAAUGUACGUGAAACGAGUGCUGCUCUUUGCGGCGCUGCUGUGCGCCCAGCCCUAUGGCCAGAUGGCCAACGAGGAUGAGUCCAAUCCGCUUCUGGACAUGGCCUCCAUGUUCUUCCAGGAGGCGCUGUCCAACCAGAACGGUGGCGCUGGUGCAGGAGGACAAGGAGGAGCUGGAGCCGGACUGGCAGGCGUCGCUUCGCUCAUCGGCACAUUCAUGCAGGCCAACGGCAAAUCCGGCGGAGGAGGAGGUGGUGGCGGUGCUGCCAUGCAAAUUCUGUCCGGUCUGGGCAGCCUGCUGGCGAACAAUGCCCGUGGGAAUGGCGGUGGUGGCGGUGGCGGCUUCGAUCCGUCCAUCAUUGGCAAUGUCCUGGAAAUGUUCACCCAAGGCGAUGACGAGGAGUCCGGCCCCGCCCAGAAGCGCAGCAACGGCGGAGGAUCCGAGUCAGGCAUUGGACUAGACACCAUUCUGCAGGUGGCUUCCGCCUUCAUGAACAACCAGGGAGGCGGCGGCAACAAGGCCCAGCCUUCAUCCCAUCACCAGCAGAAGCGUUCGGCCUCCCAGGAGCCCGAGCCCGAGUCUGACAACGGUCUGAUGAACCUUCUGCCCCUGGUCAUGCAGGCCGUCAGCUCAUUCGCCGGCCCCGAAGGUCAGAGCACGCAGGAGCGUCACAAGAGCCAUGCCUGGGUGCUGCCGCCCUUCCUGGAGCACAUCCAUGUGCUGUGGGAUCACUUCUCCAACUCGGAACUGGCCGAUGCCCUCUACGAGAAGUCGGGCGUCAACAAAAUCAUGAAGGGCUUCAAGGGUGGAGAUGGAAAGCUGGACUAUGACAAGCUCUUUGAAUCGCUGAACAACCAAUCCUUCCGCCGGCGCUGGAUCAAGUCGGCGACGCUGUACCUGGCCGACUGGGCCAGCUAUCUGGCCAAUCCCGACGUCUAUCUCAAAUACUUCCAGACGGCGCAGAUCAUGUUCAACGGGCUGCUGAAGUCUCAAGGUUACCCCAAGCAGACGCACUUCGAUCCGUCCCGGCCCAGUGAGACCAUCUCCAAUCUGCUGGACCACGUGGCCAAGCAUCACCUGAGUGUGAAGAUCGAUUCGAGGCAGUAUGUGAAGCCGGCUGUGGGCUAUGCCAAGGAACUGCUCAAGCUCGGCCAGGCCCGCGGCCUGCUGCAAUUCAACGCCACUGAGAUCAGCGAUAAGCUAACGGACACACUCAAUCUGGAGGUUAUCGAACCGGUGCUUAAAGUACACCGCGCCUACAGAUACAUCUCGAAGACGCCGCAAUGCGAUCGCUAUGUGCUCUGCCAGCUGAAUGCAGCCGCUCUUGACCAGCAGCAGAAGCAGAAAUCCCAGCAGCAGCAACAGCAGCAGCAGCAGAACCAGCAGCAGUCCAAGAAGCAGGCGACGACGACAGCGUCUGGUCUGAUUGCCGGAGUUAGUCCGAAAAUCGUCAAGAUCGGCAGCAUGGGUGCAGCCAUCUUCAUUAGCACGGAAACCGGUACACCAUUCUGGACGCUAUUCGGUGUAAUCAAUGCGCCAUAUAAUUGCGAGGCCAAAUAUCCAGUCGACUGCAAUGGUUUCCACGAGGGCGAGGCCAAGGUGACCACGGAGUACAUACACAAUGAGUUGUAGGUUCCCCCAGGGGCAGGAGGAGCCAUUGGCCAGAAUGCUCACUAAGACGUCGAUUUAGCUGUAAUUGAGAUCAAGAUUUCGUGUGUAUAUAGUAUUACGGAUUGAAAUACAUUUAAAACUUAAACCAUA